GUGCCUCAGUUUCCCCAUUCCCCCUCACCAUUGAGGCUGUGCAGGGGGGGUGAGGCAGACCCAGAGCUGUCACACACACCCCCCCCCAAGUUGGUGGCAGCCCCCCCGGGGAGGUGGUGGGGUGGGAAGCCCCUCAGAGUGGCAUCGUGUGCCCGUGGAGAUCGAGGAGGGGGGGGAAAUAGGAAAAAAAAUAAGGAAAAAAGGGAAGCGACCACAGCAACAAAAACCCAGCCCCUCCUGGCUCUGCUCACCCCCUGCCCAGCCUGGUGGCCCCUGGGGAUGCAGCAUCCCUGUCCCCAGGUCCCAGCCCUGUGGGGGUCCUGGUGCUGGGGACAGGAAGGAAGGGUCCCCUCCCCAGAAAGUGACACCUUGUGAGGGUGGUGACACGCUCCAGGUCCCACGGCUGGGAGCCCUGAGCUGAGGGACAGAGGGACCUCGUGCUGGUGGCUUUUUUUGGCACCCCCCUGGGCUCCACCGGGGAGGACUCGGGCAGCAGAGCCUGGUGGCAGCCCCCCCAAGCUGGCAGUGUCCCCGAGCCAGCCUCAUUCCUGGCGCCUCAGCGUCCCUGGGUGACCUUGGCAUGUCCUUGUCCUCAUUGUCCCUCCUCCCCAGGCCUUCCCCCUGCCUGCCAGGAGUUUUGGGGGCAUCGUGACUUGCCCCCUCGUUUGGGAGGAGCCUCCACUCACCCUGCCCUGGGUGGCCAGGGGGGGUGGUGGCCACUGGGACAGUGGCCCUGCCCUGCAGCAGUGGCAGUCCCUGGGCAUCCUCAAACCCAGGGGCUUUCACGGUCCCCAAACCCCACCGUGGGCUGGUCCCGUGUCCCCUCCCUGCAAACCCUCUCCCUGGAGGUGCCACCGAGCUCCUGGGGUUGCAUGGGGACCCACGUCCAGCACAGGCAGCUCUGGUGCCCACCUCGCACAGCCUUGCUGGCCACCCCAGAGAGGUUUGCAAGCACCAAACCCCCCCCCCGCCAGCACUUCCAUCAAGAUGGUGGCACCAGGAUGGUGGGCACUGGGAUGAGAGCACCAGGACUGACCUGGGAAAGGUGGCCUCGCCGGGAUGGUGGCACCAGGACUGGCCUCACAGGGAUGGCUCUGCUGGAGUGGUGGCUCUGGGACCAGCCUCACCAGGAUGGUGGCACCUGGGUAGCCUCACUGGGAUGGUGACACUGGGACUGGCCGUGCCAGGCUGGCACUGGGGUGGUGUCACCAAGAGAGCAGCAGGAUUAAGCUCACCAGGACAACGCUGACCAGCCUCACUGGGAUGCUGGCACUGGGAUGGCCUCACCGUGUGGUGGCACCAGGAUGAGCCUGCUGGGGUGACACUGGAGCUGGCGUUGCUGAGACUGGCCUCACUGGGAUGGCACCGGGAUGGUCUCUUUGGGACUGGCAUCUCCAAGACACUGCUGGGACACAUCUUGCCGGGACUGGGACAAUGCUGGGAUGUCCUCCUUGGGAUGGUGGCACCAGGACAGUGCUGGGAUGGCAUCACCAGGAAGGCACUGGGACUGAUCUUGCUGGAAUGGCCUCACCAGGAUGGCAUCAGGAUGGCACUGGGGUGGCCUCCCCAGCACCUGAGUCCUGUCCCUGUCCCCCCAGAAGCACCCCAUUCAGGCCUGGGGGGGUCCCCAGACCACCCUGGGGCUCUCAGAGGCCUUAGGGAGAGCUCCUACCCCAUCUGGGAGGACUUCAACUCGAAGGCCACCAAGCUGCACUCCCAGCUGAGGACCACGGUGCUGGCCGCAGUUGCCUUCCUGGAUGCCUUCCAGAAAGUGGCCGACAUGGCCACCAACACCAGAGAACCAUCAGGAGCCUUCCCAUAA